AACCAGUUCCUCGGGUGACCCUCAAACUUUUGGAUGGGUCGCUUGCUUUUUUUUUUUUUUCUUUUCCGUGGUUCAAAUUUGAAUUUUGGAAUUAGUUUGGUUUGGUUUAAAUUUUGGGGUUGUUUACUGAUUAGCUUUUCUUUUAUUUUCUUUUUUUCCCUUUUCCUUUUUCCUUCUUAUUUUAUUUUAUUUUAUUUUAUUUUAUUUUUCGGAUUUCAUUUUAUAAUUAUUUUGGACUCAUUUUAAUUGCUUGUUUUCUAUUUUUACUCCAAUUUCAUCAUCAUUCUUCGCAUCAC